AUUAUCUGUCAACCGACCUAACCAACCAUCAAAUUAGACGUUUACUCAUUCAAAAAUCAGAUUUUAGGUUAAUUUUAUCAAUAAAAAGACAUGUUUUACACCAAACAAGAGUGGUAUACCCCCGCCGAAGUCGCAGUCCACAACCGCGCGGACGACUGCUGGGUGUCUCUCAACGGCAAAGUCUUCGAUCUGACUCCGUGGCUUGAGCAGCAGCUCAAGCUCUGCAAGUGCACCAAGACCUGCUCCUGUAAGGUCAAGACCUGGUUCUGUGAGGACACUUGCACUGAACUGUGCGAUUGCUUCAAGAGGGGGUUCGGCUAUUGCGACGCGAAGAGAUUAGCAAUGACCAUUGUGGCUUACGCCGGCAAGGACGUGAGCCACUGGUUCAAAGGCGAGGAGUGGGCGACGUACACGCACCCUGUGACGAUGUUGGAGACCACGUACCAACUGCAUGGUCACGGGGCUCGGCAGCCGGUAGUGCCUUCAACCAGAUGGAGGCCGCUCAAGAAACCCUGGUGGCUGAACGAGGACUACGUCAUGGGAAAGGCCACGGCGAAGACCAGGCCUCUGCGAAUCAUUAACACACUGACAGGUUCAACCGUUACAUUGGAGGUAUGCUCCGAGGAGACGAUAUACCAGAUCAUGAUGCGUUACCUGCCUCACAAUGGCCAUAUGCAGUCGUACACCUGGCGGUACCUCGGCCGAGCUCUCUGCCUGGACAAGACCCUGGCUCAGAACGGCAUUCCCGAUGAGAGGGAUCGUUUCAGCGACGUCGCGCUCCCAGAAAAUCUGCACAUACCCGCCAUUUUGAUUUACUUCAACGAUGACUUGACAGAAGAUACCCACAAAGACGACUGUUUUUGCCACGAGCGCAGCUGCGUGGUUCACCAGUCUAAAAUGUGCAAAAUGAGAGAUUGGAUCGACGUCGACCAAUCAUAAUGUUUGUAACUUUUUUAUAUUUUUAUCUAAUGUCAUUUUACCUACCUAUUGAUUAAAUUUAAUUUUUUC